AUGGAAGUGUCUCCUCUUUACGUUGAUGAAGUUCAGCUUCUUUCUUCCAAUGUUUUCUCAACCGAAUCCUCUCGUUCAUAUGAAUUUUCCUACAGCACAAGAGAGAGGCGUUUUAUUCGAACCAAUGUGGAGGAUUGGACGUUUGAUAAAAUAUAUGAUCUUAUGAUGUUUUUAUCGGGUAUGCUAAGUUUCGAGAUCCUCGUUGAUGGCUCAAUAGAGUCUGCCACCACUUUCGAGGUCACUGACCUGCCAUUGGCAAAGGAAUUGCGAGAUGGUAUAUCACCACUUGACUUGUUACACACAUUGAACCGCUAUCAAGCGUUUCCAUUCGAGGAAAACAAGACCUCAACCACAGGUCGCCUGCUGUGUUCGCAACGCAAAGACACUUUACUGCUGGUAACACCCGAACACUCUAGCCCUUGCCUAUACCUCUUUCUGAGAAGCUUCAAACACACCACGAAACAAAGAAGGUGGCAUGGCUUAUUCGCCCAUGAAGAUGAGUGGGAAUGGCAGGGCAUAUUCAUCCAUCAACAUGAGUGGGAACGGCAAGGAGUAUCCGUCCAUGAAAAUGAGAGGAAACGGCAGAGACUCAAGAGGUUCGACUCCCACUGCCUCAGAAGCAGUUCUGGAACAAGCACAAUCGCGACAGACUCUUUCGAUGUCUUUGCUCUGUUCGUUCGCAACAUUGUAAUGCAAUAUAUUGCGAGUGUUACAACUGGAGCUGAAGCCCUGAUGACAGAGAUCCGUCGAGUUAAAGACUUAUUGAGACCAAACCGGCCGGAGAGACUGAGCGACUUGCUUCGGCAAAUCAACGCUAUUAGUUACCAACUUAGAACUUCGAGUCUGGAGGCACAGUUCGCGUUCAGUGCCGAUGCUGCGAAGUGGACAAAAGAUGCUUUGAGGCCAUCCGGAAACGAACAUCCGGAUUAUGAUGUGCUCAUAUCAGCUCGAAAAAUGCAGCAGUACCAUCCGGAUCUCUUGAGAGAGAUGAUUGCGGAAGUACGUCAGCAGAUUAUCGACGUUACUGCUGAAGAAAAACAAACCAAGGAUGAGCUUCGUGAGAAGCGAGAAGAGGAACGCCAAAACGGAGAAGACGCUCGUGCAAGAAUGGAGAUGAUCUUCCUCGAAGAGAGUAUCAGAAUUGCUAAGGAAACUAAACGCGACAGUCGCACUAUGCGCGGCAUAGCCUGGGUUACCAUCGCAUUCCUUCCCGCCACCUUUGUAUCCUCAUUCUUUGGCAUGAACUUCUUCAAUGGCAUCGCCGGAAACGUUCCUUUCGAUGAAGCAAGUCGUAAUGUGUGGCUGUUCUUUGUGGUAGCAGUGCCUGUCAGUGCCAUCGUUCUGUUUAUCUUCUAUUUCUGGGACAGGCAUGAGCAGAUGAACGAUGAAUAUGAGCUGAAGUUAAUCGGGCGGAGCGGGACUACUUGA